CCCACGCACCCCCGACCCCCGCGAAAAGCGGAGAGGGAUGGGAGGUAUCGCUCCCAACAAGAUACAGGGUCCAAGGGAUCGAUACCGAAUGGAGAGUCGUAACCUUGGGAAGGGAUCAGACGUUCAUGAUGGUGGAAUGCUUAUGGGAUGGCUAGGUAAAGAAAUGGCGUCGCAAGAACAGGACGACAACCAGCACAGCAGAGGGAGUCAGGGUACGAAUAGGGACGAGGAACAAAACGAGGGGUCGGAUCAAGAAUCAACAAAGCCAGAAGGGACCAGAGAAGAAGGAAAGGGUCUCUCCACAGGGGAAAGUCCAGGAAAAGUUGGGGGUAGCAAAAGAGGGCCGCAGGAGAAUAGGGAAGGGAGGGACGACGAAAGGGUGAGUCCUUGGAACUCCGGAGGAACCACGCCCAAGAAAACGAAAGUCUCGGAUGCACGCCGCAAAUUGGCAGAAAUAGAAACGCGGACCGUAGAAUACAAGGCGAGACUUAUUGAACAAAUGAUGGCUGGGAAUGAAGAGGAUCCCCAGGGGGAAGGGUCACGAGAGGGACGCGGGACCAGUCAGGGCGAAGCCAGGUACGGAGCAAAAAAUAACAGCCAUAAGGGAACACCCAACAAGAAGGGGAAGGAAAAGGGGGACUCCCCAGCUAUAGAGGCAGAAAAGGCCACGACCCCGCCGGCUAUCGGCAGCGGCGCUAGUCGUCUGCCCACCACGCCCAAAGUAACAAAGGGAUGCGAUGGACUCUGGAGUCUCAGAGAGAGGGUGUUAGGCUGGUUUGAUCUGGAGGGAACACCGAAAACCGGGGAAAAGCACAAGGAAGGCAGGGAAGGAGAGGGGAAUAGUGUGGUCAGUGAGGCGGGUAGCUCUGAAGGGGGACUUAAAAGGAUAGUAGUCACCCUCAUUCGGACUCUGAAUAAUAAUCAGGGGUAUCUCACGGACGCAAAGAAGAAACUCACUUUCGAUGGAGCAAACAUAACGGAAUUCCUGAUAGAUUACGAGAACAUGGCAGCCUUACUGAAAUGGACUGAGGAAGAAAAGAUGGACCACCUAGGGCAGCACGUAUCGUUGAGCUUAGGAAGGGACAUUAUGGCUAUCGUCUCCUCUAGUGGAUCCUGGAAGGAAACCUAGAAUGAGAUGAUGAGAAAGUACCUGAAGGCGAAGAAAAUGGCGACAGAGGCUGAAUUGGCGGCAGUCCAAAGGAAAAACUAUGCUACUUACAAUGACUUUCUGAGGGCGUGCACUCUAGUGGCACUGCGAAUCCCCGGGGUAACGGAUCGUAUAUUGAGCAAGUACUUCCUUAGGCGGUUCUCCGAGUUCGACAAAGAUAAGCUUCUGUCGGCCUACCAGCAGACCAGUAAGUUUGAAUACACAAGGGAUGUGGAUUUCAGUACAGUAACAGAUCU